UUUGGCAUGGAUUCGCGAAACGGAACCAUGGAACGACUCUUGUAGCUUAAAACACUCCACACUCGUCUCAAAUUAAAGACCACUUCUUCCUUCCACCGCACUUUCUAUGUCACUCCUUCCUUGUGCAACGACGACACGAAAUUCGCAUUCGCCUCAUUUUAAUAACACCGCACUUAUCCACGUCGGACUUCGCCACAAUGAGAUCGAAACCAUAUGCCCCCAUCUGAAACACAGAGGAUGGCAUAAACACAAAGAAUGGCAUAAACCUUACCAAUGCCCUGGGACACCAUGCCAUAAUUGCAGCCAACCCGGUCACAUCACAUGGAACUGCAACCCUCCGAACGUCCUCGCCACCAACGAGCCAGGUCUUCCUGAACCUGCGGACCCUACCAAGUGGUCCUUCUUCGUCAACAUCCCACGAGAAAUCUGAGACAUGAUUUACGCCGAGGCCGUUGCACUUAUCGUUCUACGGUGCGUUGGGAAGUACCACAUGAAGGGUUACAUACCGGUUUCGAAAUCUUCUUAUGCAAGGACGAUGCCAAACUGGUCGUUGUUCUUUGCAUGCCGUCAGAUGACCGCGGAGGUCCUUCAAGUUUUCUAUACGAAGAACACUUUCCGCGAAUACCCUAAGCUUAUGGAUACAACGACCCCUAUCUAAAAGUUCCAUCCGGAACUUUUUCAAGACAGCGGCGCGAGGUUUAUUCGAAAGAUAGAGUUUGUGUGCCCAUGCUCGCAGAGUGGCGCGCGACGACGCCCGUGGGCUGAUAAACAAGAUCGCAACGCUAUCGAAGCGCACUUCCCUUCGCUCAGGUCCGCAAAUGUUCAAAUAGCAG